AUGAGACUGCUGGUGGAGCACCAAGCUGACAGGGACGUUAGUAAGCGCAUGUCCCUGCCAAUGGACAUCCGCCUGCCUCCAGAGUUUCUGAAGAAGUUGCAGAUGGAGAAUGAAAACUCACCGCUCUGCAAACCUCUCAGUCGCAUGUCUCGACGCGCCUCACUGUCUGACAUAGGAUUUGGGAAACUGGAAACAUACGUUAAACUUGGCAAACUGGGUGAGGGGACAUAUGCUACAGUCUUUAAAGGGCGGAGCAAACUCACUGAGAACCUGGUUGCACUGAAGGAGAUCCGGCUGGAGCACGAUGAGGGGGCACCUUGCACUGCUAUCAGAGAAGUGUCUCUGCUAAAGAACCUGAAGCACGCUAACAUUGUCACCCUGCAUGACAUCAUCCACACCGACCGCUGCCUUACUCUGGUGUUUGAGUAUCUUGACAGUGAUCUUAAACAGUACUUGGACAACUGUGGGAACCUCAUGAGCAUGCAUAAUGUCAAGAUCUUCAUGUUCCAGCUGCUGCGUGGUCUGUCCUAUUGUCACAAGAGAAAAAUCCUCCACAGAGACCUAAAGCCUCAGAACCUGCUUAUCAAUGAUAAGGGCGAAUUGAAAUUAGCUGAUUUUGGUCUGGCCAGGGCCAAGUCCGUCCCCACUAAGACCUAUUCCAAUGAGGUGGUAACGCUUUGGUAUCGACCUCCUGACGUGCUGCUAGGCUCUACAGAAUAUUCCACACCCAUCGACAUGUGGUAAGCAGGGGACAAUAGACGUUUCUGUUGAAGGGCCGUCCUUACAUUUUUCCACAUCAGUCACGGUGCACCAGUUUUUGAAGGAACUCUGGUGGUAGAUCAGCUCAACAUUUGUAUGAAAAUGUUAGGCACUCCGGCAGAGGAGACCUGGCCUGGUAUCAGCAGUAAUGAGGAAUUUAUGUCCUACCUCUUUCCUCAGUACAGACCUCAAGCUCUCAUCAACCAUGUGCCCCGGUUGGACCCAGAAGGGAUUGACCUGCUGUCUGCUCUGUUGCUGUAUGACACCCGGAGCAGACUCUCCUCUGAAACCGCUCUACGUCACCCCUACUUCCUGAGUUUGGGAGACAACAUUCAUAAUUUGGCAGACACUGCUUCAGUGUUUUCUCUCAGAGAGGUGCAGCUCCAGAAGGACCCAGGACACCGCAGCUCAGUAUUCCAGCCUUUAGGUCGAGGAAAGAACCGAAGACAAAGCAUCUUCUAGAGGUCGUGGAGAGGAUGAAGAGAGAAGACGGCGAGGAACUGCUUUUUCAGAUCACAACACCAAGGCCAUCGCAGCUCAGCACAUUCACAGCAUGUUCACCUGCACGGACAAACACGCACUCAUUUCCAUGGCAGCUGACCGUGGAGGCACACAGAGUUUCUGGAGACAAACUUGUAUUGCACUUGAAAUACCUUCUCUAUUCAUACAUAUUUGCACACAUUUGCACAAUCAGCUACACUGAACAUGCUGCCGUGAUGUAACUGGACACACGAGAGAUUCAUCCUCCCGACACGCACAUGCAUUUCAGCCUAAGAAGAAACGAAGCGCUAAAUGAAACGCUCUGCUAUGCUAUACUUACACAGGCCUGCUUUACAUAGUGUUCAGAGCACACCCAGGGUUCUAGCCAUUCAAAGUAGCUGCUAUCACAACUGGAACAAUGGAUACAGUUGCAGGUGUGCGUGUCUUUGCCCUAACAGAAAUGCAAGUAUUGCAUUAUGUGUUGAGUUUGUUCCAGGUCAGUUGGUUUCUAAAUUAUUUUCUGGUUUUAUCUUACAAAACUUAUGGUCUAACACUGAUAUGUAGCUUAAAGACACAGUUUGGCAACCAAGGACCCUUAUGAAUCCUAAUUCUUCUCUCAGCUCAACAGUGAUUCACCAGGGAUUUGUAGUUUGAGGACAGGGUUAAAACUUAUACACCACCACUACCCACAGAAAAGGCUGACCAGAAACCAAAGAGAAUAGUCACAUUUUUUUUCUGUUACUUGGAUUAUUGAUUUUGUGAUGUAAUUUGUUUAAACAUUGUGUAAAUAUAUAGUUAAUAUUUUAUUGUCACACAAGAUGUUCAUAUCAUGUUUUUAAGCCCCUUUGCUUUGCUAAUCUGAAAUUUAAAAAACUGUAAUGUUAGAUAUAACUCUGGGUGCUGCUAGGCACUUGCUCAAUAACGGACUCGUAUGCAUUUGCAAAGUGUUUUGGGGAAGUGAUGAGGCAAAAACAUUAUGUGGCUCACAGAAAAACACUCAGUAAGGCUUCAUGGUCAUUCAUUACUUUGCAUAAUGUGACGAGCUUUGCAUAAUGUGCAUUAGCUAGUGACGGUUAGCUAUCCCAGCUAGCUAAAAACUUAUUCCAGAUCCCACUGACAUUUGUAAUUAUGCUAAUAGCUAAAAGUUUAUUCUGGAAGGGCAUCUUUUAAAAUGGCACGUAAUAGGCACACAGAUAUUAAAUUAGAUAUUUGAAGACUGAUAUAAUAUUAUUGCUCAAUAAUCAGUCUGUUUAACAGUGCAGGGUUGCAUGGAAGUUUUAGCAUGUAGUUGUCAAACCAUGUUCAGUUUCUGUGUUCACUGUGUGUUGCAGAAGGCGUUGAUUCUCUCUUGGCUUUGUAAUGAAUAUAUACUUGUAGGUGCUGCUUUCAGUCUUGUGAGGUGCUUCUCUGCACUCUCGCUCACCUGACCAAGGAUUCAGCACGGCACUAAUCUGAAAUACAGUCGCAAUUUACUUACACUUUGACAGCACAGUAAAUGGGUUUAAAUGGUGUGAGUUGCAUUUGACAGUUGAUUUUUACCGCUCAAGUUUAUGAAAAGCACCUGUAGAAUUGGAAAGUUAACUUUAAGUGUUAUAUUAUCGAAGUAUUAGGGUUGCUAACAACAACUUAAGAUAUUUUGUUAUUAAAAUAUUCUUAUAGGGAAACCCACAGAUCCAAAAUCAUUUUAAAAUUCACUCAUGGUCAUUUUUAAUUGAGUAUGAGCCUCUGUCCCAUAGUUACAACUGGAGGUUCAGCUCUUCAUGAACAAUAUGGCAACCGUGUUGACACAAUGGUCCAAUGAACCAAGCAUUGCAGCAUCUACAUGUAUAUACCUUAUCUCAGCUGUUGUUAUUGAACAGAAUGGAAUCGGAUGUAUUGUGAUAUUACCUCCGACUUUCUUAGGCCCCAGUGUGGCAGCUAUGGGUUACUGUUAUCAUAUAACAGUCUUGAAGUUGUAGGCAUAGCGUCACACUGUUCAUUUGCAGUACCUCUGCCGUCAUGUAACAACCACUGAAGCUACCAUAAAAUCUGACUCCGUUGUGAAUAUAAACCUGGAAACUGGAUAGACUCGCCUCGCUACAGUGCCCGUGUCUCCUCGUUGUGGGGGUAACAUUCCUUACAGUGUUAACAGCUGACUUUCACACCAGUUUGUUGAAGUUGCCUUAGUAAACUGUGCAUGAUAUUUUAGCUUGUGAAGAAAUUAUAUUUGCUUCAGUGUAUCUUCAGGCAUUUAUUUUGUGUAUGUAAAUAACUCACUAUGGGUGUAUGUAUUUUUGUAGUUUCCUAUUUGCACAAGCCGGAAGUGUCCUCUGAAGCCUGUUCCCCUCCCUUUGUGUCUUUCCUUACACGGUUCCAAAGUAUGACCCCAUAUUUUACCAAACCCCCCAUUCCUAAACCAGUGAAUGGAGAAAAUAUGCCCUGUAGGUACUUUCUAGUAUCAGUUUAAUAGGGGUCACCACUACCCUUCAUAAUUUGCACAGCCUGUUGUUAGAGAGCAGCUUUUCACAGUAGAUUCACUAAACAAAAGGACAUACAGUGAUAAGUACACUCAUCUGUUAAUAGACAGGUGAGAAUUUCACAACUGUGUUUUUAAUAGUUCCCAUGUGAUCAUUUGAGCCAAGAGCUUAUGUGUAUGUCCUGUUCAAUGAAUAUUAUCUGGAGACAAAAGUGAUAAUGGCUUUUGGAUAUUGAUACUCUCCUCUGUCCUUAAUUUGCUCUGACAUCUUGCCUGUCCUCUUCCUUCUUAUUCAGUGCUGCUGAGGUAUCCUCAUUAACACCUCUGAGGUGUUGAGGCAACUGAGGCAUUAUUAAUAGUUUUAGAUACACUGUUUGGUGCCCUUGGACACAUCAUCAGUGAUGUAACCUGAGGUCAUGGGGGGUUUCGGGUCUCUCCAUUGAAAAAGAAGAUAGGCAUUAUUUUGUGACACGUUCAAGGCCUAAGCAUGUGAUCUGUAGUAAAAAGGUCCAUAAAAUAUGUGAAAAUCUCUCGGACCACUGCCCUCCUGCCUCGCGGUAUGUGGUCACCUCUGAGCUAAAGCGGUACUGAGUAAGCACUGGCUUUGAAACUUUCAGGGUGGUGCUUACACCGCUGAACCUUGCAGAUAUAUUAGUUUGUUUUGUCUGUAGUUACCAGCCCGGCUGCCUUUGUAAGAAUUCAGCUCUGUAUGUAUGAGAGAGACAUGAAAAAGUCCUUCCUUCCUGUUUUUUUUUUUAUCCUUUUGCAUAUCUGUCACACUUACAGGUUUCAGAUCAUCAAACAAGUUUUAAUAUUAAAAUAUUAAUAUAAUAUUUUAAUAUUAGACAAAGACUGAUCCAAACCCAAUGUAAGGUUUAUGUCACAGCUCGCUAACAGUAUCAGUAAUUAACGACAGUUUUGUUUCUUUAAUGCUUAAAUCACCAGUUUGUGCAACAUAUUUAAUCAAAAUCAUAUUUUUAAUACUACAGUGUAGUAAAUGUCAUUAUCUAUGAACUUUCAAAUUUACUAUUAUACAUAAAUCCAAAAAAAUAAAAUAAAAAGCACAUCAUUAUUAUUUUUGUAUUAAGAUAAAUAAACUAAAUUGUUAUAAAUUUUUGCUGAUAUUUAAGUACAAAAUUAGUUUUGGUGGUUGAAUGCUACACCUGAUUGAUGUCUGACUAAAGUCCAGUGUCGGCUCAAAUUUGAGUAUAAAAACAUGAAUUCAGUAAUAAAUAACAAUCACAUUUUUAGUUUUAAACGUGUUUUUAACAGAUAUCUAAAAUAUCUGUUUUCUAGUUUUUAUGAAAGGUGGUCUAAAAAAUUGGUAAGCGCUCUCCAUACAGUAAAUAGAUACAGGAAGGCAACCCAGCAGCCUUUGUAAGGCUUUUGGUUGGGAGACCAGUCAUUGCAUUUUGAGCAGAAUGGCUCUAAAUCACUGCUGUGUAUUCCAGACAACCAGUGUGGUCGUGCUUUAAACUUGCAUUCUUUCCUAAGGCCAGCUGUGAGCAAGUCCUCUAGUUGCAAAAAGAAGUCCAGUAGAAGUCUGUUGUUUAAGCCUGUGAUCUCAGUAAACACUGUCCCCAUCAGCCUAUGCUAGUUCAUGUUCUAAAUGAUGGUCCCUGCUAAAGUGAAAAGGAAGAGCAAAGCUGGGAAUGCUGUAAGGCUGUGACUGAUGUGUUGCUAUUGUAUAAGCUUCACGCACAGUGUUGGGAAGGUUACUUUUAAAAUAUAUUCCAUUACAGAA